AUGAAGACCGCUGCUACAUCUGCCUUGCUGGUGGCCCUCUCCGCCACGCUUGCUCAGGCACGUCCUGUCGCCGAUGAACGCUAUCCAUACACUGGACCGGCUGUUCCCGUGGGAGACUGGGUGGGCCCGACUGUCAAUGGCAAUGGAAAGGGCUUUCCGCGUCUGAUUGAGCCCCCAGCCGUCCGGCCCGCCAGCGCCAACCCGCGCAACAAUGUGAACGUCAUCUCCUUGUCGUACAUCCCCAAGGGCAUGCACAUCCACUACCAGACCCCCUUCGGGCUAGGACAGACCCCAUCCGUGAUCUGGGGCAAGAGUCCUCACCAGCUCAACAAGGUGGCCCGCGGAUAUACCCACACCUAUGCCCGCACGCCGUCCUGCUCCGAAAUCAAGAUCAUUACCCAGUGCAGCGAGUACUUCCACGAAGUUAGCCUGGAAAACCUCGAGCCCGGGACGACCUACUAUUACCAGAUCCCGGCCGCCAACGGCACGACCAAGUCGGAAGUGCUGAGCUUCAAGACCGCGCGCGAGGCCGGUGACAAGGGUUCCUUCAGCGUCGCCGUGCUGAACGACAUGGGCUACACCAAUGCGCACGGCACGCAGAAGCAGCUGAUCAAGGCGGCCAACGAGGGGACGGCCUUCGCCUGGCACGGCGGUGACAUCAGCUACGCGGACGACUGGUAUGAAGGCACCUUGGCGUGCGAGUCCUCCUGGGACGUCUGCUACAAUGGCACCAGCACGGAGCUGCCCGGAAACCUGCCGCUGCCGGACGAGUACAAGAAGCCGCUCCCCGCGGGGGAGAUCCCCAACCAGGGUGGCCCCCAGGGUGGCGAUGUCAGCGUCAUCUACGAGUCCAACUGGGACCUCUGGCAGCAGUGGCUCAGCAACGUGACGGUCAAGAUCCCAUACAUGGUCAUGCCGGGUAAUCACGAAGCCGCAUGCGCGGAAUUCGAUGGGCCAGGCAACAUUCUCACGGCCUAUCUGAACGACGACAUCGCCAACGGCACUGCCGCCGAGGAUAAGUUGAACUACUACAGCUGUCCGCCUUCUCAACGAAACUUCACUGCAUACCAACAUCGCUUCCGCAUGCCCGGCGAGGAGACCGGUGGCGUGGGCAACUUCUGGUACUCGUUCGACUACGGCCUGGCGCACUUUGUCUCGAUCGACGGCGAGACCGACUUCGCGAACAGCCCCGAGUGGCCCUUCGCGGAGGACAUCAAGGGCAACGAGACGCACCCCACGGCGGAGGAGACCUUCAUCACCGACAGCGGGCCCUUCGGCGCGGUGGACGGCAGCUACAAGGACACCAAGAACUACGCGCAGUACAAGUGGCUGCAGCGGGACCUGGCCAAGGUCGACCGCAGCAAGACCCCCUGGGUGUUCGUCAUGAGCCACCGCCCCAUGUACAGCUCGGCGUACUCGUCGUACCAGCUCCACGUGCGCGAGGCCUUCGAGAGCCUAUUGCUGAAGUAUGGCGUGGAUGCUUACUUCUCAGGACACAUCCACUGGUACGAACGCCUGUACCCCCUCGGCGCCAACCAGACCAUCGACACCGCCAGCGUCGUCAACAACAACACCUACAUCGCCAACAAUGGCAAGUCGAUCACCCACAUCAUCAAUGGUAUGGCGGGCAACAUCGAGAGCCACAGUGAGUUCAGCGAGGGCCAGGGGCUGACGAACAUCACGGCCGUGUUGGAUACCGUGCACUACGGGUUCAGCAAGCUGACGGUCAAGAGCGAGACGGAGGUCAAGUGGCAGUUUAUUCGUGGGGAUGAUGGGUCGGUCGGCGAUGAGGUUACGUUGCUGAAGCCUUCCGCCGUGAAGACGAAGGGGAAGGGCAAAGGCAACGGGAAGGCGUAUUCUGGCUUUCGGGCUUGAAAAAAAAGUUCACGAAGUAGGGGUAGUCGUAUGACUGCUGAUGAUGUAUGUACUGUAUAGUGGGCCUGUCGAUGUUAAUAUGAUUGUUGUUGCUGUGAGUAAAAUUGGUGGUGCACUGCCUAGACGCUGCUCGCCUUCGGGGUUAUUUCACUCUUUCCUAGAACCGUCCACGUGCUGUGCCUUUGAAUGUAAGAUUUCACUGCUGCAGGAGGACUUCUUGCGAUAUCAGUCGUCCUUCGAACGUGGUGUGUCGAUUCAGGCUCGAGUAUGCAACCAGAGUCUCUAAAGUCAUUCUGCACCAUGGUUCCAUACUCAUAUGAUAUCGAUACACCCCUGAGUCAUGUAACCACAUCUCUAUGUUAGGAGAGUGAGGUCUGCCAGCCAGCCCCUCCGUGAAGAUCCCCGCCUGUGCUGCAUUGAGGUACCUUCAACUGGCGCGCGAUCAAAGAACAAAGAAGCGAAGUCCAGCAAUCGAGUGCUUCGAGCAUGAGUAUUGG